AGGCUGAGCGUGCUGCGACGCCGGCAGCCCGGCUCUGAAGUAGCGCGAGUCCCGGCCAGCGCCCGCUCCUCACUGGUGGUCGGGCCACGUCGAGUCCCGCGUGAAGAUGGCAGACGAUCUUGGAGACGAGUGGUGGAAGACCCAGCCGUCAGGAGCAGCCAGCAGCCCAGGCAGUGUCCUUCAUACUCUGAAGACAGGCGACCUUGCAGGAUCCCUCACCCCACAGCUUGCCAGUCUCCACGGAAGAAAGGGUCUAACCAUACUGAGCUGCUGGAUGAGGCGACCCAAAAGCCAGAAGCCAUCUGCCCAGAGCAGACAAGUAGAGGCAGAAGCAUCAGAUGGUGAAGGAGGAGGAGACACAGCAAUGACACAGCAGGAGAGAGCUCCAGUUCCUGCCCUGUCAAAGAAAACUGAACAGCCUAAAGAAUGUUUCUUGAUACAACCAAAGGAAACAAAUGAAGAUGCCACCAAGACCAGGAAGAGGAAAAAGAAGAAAAUUACUGAUGUUCUUGCAAAAUCAGAGCCAAAACCAGGGACACCUGAAGACCUACAGAAGCUGAUGAAGGACUAUUACAGCAGCAACCGCUCAGUGAUUGAAUUAGAAGAACUAACCCUACCAGACUCCUGCUUCCUCAAGGCCAAUGAUUUGACUCACAGUCUUUCAUCAUAUCUAAAAGAAAUCUGCCCUAAGUGGGUGAAACUUCGGAAAAACCACAGUGAGAAGAAAUCGGUCCUGAUGCUGAUUAUCUGUGGCUCUGCUAUCCGAGCCCUGGAGCUCAUUAGGUCAAUGACCGCAUUCAGAGGAGACAGCAAAGUCAUGAAAUUAUUCGCAAAACAUAUAAAGGUCCAGGAGCAGGUAAAAUUGCUGGAGAAGCGUGUGGUACACCUGGGUGUAGGAACUCCAGGGAGGAUUAAAGAACUCAUUAAACAAGGUGGCCUUAAUUUGAACCCCUUAAAGUUUCUGAUUUUUGACUGGAAUUGGAGAGAUCAGAAGUUGAGAAGGAUGAUGGACAUUCCCGAGAUAAGAAAGGAGGUUUUUGAAAUUCUGGAAAUGGGAGUCCUCAGCCUAUGCAAGUCAGAAUCUUUGAAGCUGGGCCUUUUCUAAGUCUGGGUCCUAAUGAAAAUUCCUGUUUUCAUGGUGGGAUUUGCAUGGCUCUGGCCCAUUGCAAGCAGUUGGUAAAUAUCAGCUAUUGUUUUAUUAAGUUGAUUGUAUCACCAGAUGGAUCACUGGGAAUCUUAGGUGGGGAUUCUUUUACAAAAAUGAAUCUGUCCUUUGCCAACUCCCUUGUAUAAUAAAGUAUCACUGGCUUGUGUGUGGUUUUUGUUAA